ACCAAAAACACAAAAACCACAGCUCUUUGUCUGCUGUUUUUUCUAGAAAGUGUGAACAAUUUUCUAGAACCAAAAAAGAGUAAGGACCGAAAAACGAACUUGACACCGCGACGCGUAACGAGUCAAUCCCGAGUCGGCGGCAUUGGUCGAUCAGCUUCUUUCUCCAUCGUCUGAUCAUCAAUAUAUUUGAUCGGUGGGGAAUUGGAGGGUUGAGGGGUUAAGGUUUUGGGGAUUAGGGUUUGGAGAUGGAUGAAAGUUCUGAGCUCGAAGAAGGAGAAGCUUGUUAUCACAAAGAUGAUGACGGUAAUAUUAACCCCGAUACAGCCUUCUCUUACAUUGAUGAGAAGAUUAAAAACGUUUUGGGCCAUUUUCAAAAAGAUUUUGAAGGCGGGGUUUCUGCAGAAAAUUUGGGGGCAAAAUUUGGUGGGUAUGGCUCAUUUUUACCUACCUAUGAACGUUCUCCUCCAAGAUUAUCAUGUCCAAAGACACCACAGAGAAACUCCAGCACACCAAGGUCUCCCAACAAUUUAUCUAUGGAGUGCUAUGGGUUGUGUUACCCUACAGGGUGUAUCUCAGAAUUUUAAAGCUCCUCCAAAUACACUCCCAACUGGGAGAGCUGUGAAUGCUUCCUUCCCAACUGGAAAUAUUGCAGCUAAACAUGAUUCACAUUUGUCUUCUGCUCAAGUUGUUGAGAAGUCUGCCUUGAAGGAUGGUAGUUUUAACAAAGCAGGGAUUCCCAGUGACCGUAAGACAUUGAAGGUUCGAAUUAAGAUGGGCUCUGAUAAUAAAGCUCAAAAAAAUGCUGCAAUAUAUAGUGGCCUUGGGCUUGAUUGUUCUCCAUCUUCGUCUUUGGGGAACAGUCCUGAGGAAAGUGGAGGAACAGUGAAGAUAUCUCAGGAAACCACUAGUGAAUCAUCCACUAGAAUUCUUCAGGUUAUGACUUCCUACCAUGUCCCUGGUGGUGUACUUAUAUCUCCUCUUCAUGACAGUCUGCUAUGCUUAUUAAUAAAGGAAAAGGAAAGACCUUCUAGAGAUAAUAAAUCUAUCCUGUCGAUUAAAGCUUGUCAAAAACAUUCUUCUGGGUUAAUAGACGAGUCCAAACAAUUACAUGAGAAGAAAACAAAAUUCUUAGUGGGGAAAAGUGCAAAGCUGGUGGAAUCAAAGCACAGAAAUCGCGUGAAUGUUGAGAAUGACAAAGCAUUGCUAAUAAAAAAAAAGUCUGAAAAUGAGAUUGCAGGAGGGAAGGAGUUGUUGCCCACAGCUCUAACUAAUUCGGUGAACAUUGCUGAUUCUAUGGAAGCCACUGGUAGGGCAUGUGAUGUUUCUGCAGAAGCUAAUCAGGAUGCACCAAGAGGUAGAUUAUUUUCCUCUGACUCGGCAAAGGAGGAUUCUUUGGAGUCAAUAUCUGGAAGGAGUAGAGCUAGUGGCAAUAAAAAGAAGCAGGAUGCACAGAAUAGUUCAGUUGAAAAGGGUUGGGAACGGAGUGUAGUAAAUUCCCAUAAGAAUGCUUCACUUGACCCUGGGGACAAUGUUUGGAGCAAAUGCUACCAAAAUUCUGCCCCUUUAAAAUGUAAGGAAGAUUCAAAAAUGAAGGUUGGUCACAUAGCUACAUUUCGUGUAAAAAAUAAAAUAAACAUUCCCUCUGAGAAGGAAAAGACAUUGUUUGAGGGCAAAAAGAAGUCCAAAGGUAGCAAAAAUACUGGACGUAUAGCAGAUUCGAUGAAGGAAAGUUUGAGACUUGAUGUGGGUGAAACAACUAAAAAUACCACUAGUUCUAGUCAGGGUUUUUCUUCAGGUAAAAGUAAGAUUCAAAAGUUGAAGUUGCGGAAGGAUAUUAAUAAGGUCCGAGAUAAUCAUAAAGAUGCACUGAACACAAAUUUCGAACAGAAAAGUGACCAAAUGAAGCUGACAACGAGGCCCUCUCAAAAUAGGCCAAAAGAUUCUGGUCCAUUGGCUUUUGAGACUCAGCAGAAUGGCUAUUUGAAUAAGUCAAAGGAAAUAUUUAGUGGUAGACCAGUAGAUAACCAGCUGUCCGAAGUGGAUUCUUUAGGUUUGGUUCCUCAGGUCACUGAUAAAACACUUGCCUCUCAGAGAGCAGCACCAUUAACAACUGCUUCUGUAGUCAUACAAGAAAAUUGGGUUCAGUGUGAUCAUUGUCACAAGUGGCGACUUUUGCCCUUUGAUACUAGACCGGAGCAACUCCCCGAGAAGUGGUUGUGUAGCAUGCUUAACUGGCUACCCAGAAUGAACCGGUGUGACAUUAGUGAGGAGGAGACAACAAAAGCUCUCAAUGCAUUAUACCAGGUUCCGGUUGCUGAAAAUCAAAAUGACCCUCGAAAUCAUGCAAAUGAAACUACGUCAGUAGUUACUUCAGCUCAUCUCCGGCAUCUUGAUCAGAACAACUCUAGUGUCUAUUCUCAUGUGUCAUCUAUUCGAGGGAAGAAGAAACAUGGCCUGAAGGAAGUGCCCAAAGCAGGUAGCCGUGGCCUGAGUCAGAUGUCAAACUCUAAAAAUAACCUACUGCAGGAAUCUUUUGAAAGUAGGAGCUUAAAGGACAUGACCCAGGUCCCUGUUGAAUCAAACCUCAUGACGAAAUCCAGCUUUCAACAGAAAGAAAAACAUCCAGUUGGAGGUGAGACCAAGCAAGCAAAGAUGAAAAACAAGAGGGACUCUGGUCUAUAUGCAUAUGAAGGUUCAAAGAAAACCAAAACAGAUGUUAUACACACUUCUGAUAAACAUAAGAGUUCUAACUUGGACCCUAGAAGGGUGGGCCUUAAUUCAAUCACUGGCUUACCAACUCAAGCAAAUGGAAGAAGUGUGCAGAAUUAUAAAGAGUGCUCUAGUUCUGGGGAUGUAAAGCAUGACAUGAAAGAAAGAUCAGUAGUUUCUGCGAAGAAACUUGUGGAUAAAACUCAGGCCUUGUCUGAUGGUGGGUCAUUAGACGGGAGAAUAUGUGAUAAAAGGGCUUCUUUGAAGAAAAGGAAAUCAGAGGACUGGCUGGACAGUCAAAAUGGGAAUGAGUUAUAUAUGAAGGAAGAAACUAGUGAGAGUGGCUUUGGGAAUGAAAAGAAGUCACGAGUUUCAAAGAUUGAGGGGAAGCAGUCCCAUAGAAAUGAUGGUGAUGGUACAUCAAACAGGAAAACUAUGGAUCAUUUGAUUGGUGGCAUUGAAGAAGUCAGAAGUAUUGAUCGGAACCAGCCACUAAGUAAGCUCAAGAAAAAGUUCUCAUCUCAAAAAACUUUGGGUGGCCUUGAUUCAUCGAGAAGAGAUUCUGGAACUGGACAAAUUUUAAUAGCAGCAACUUCUAGCUCUUCAAAGGUUUCUACUUCUCGUAAAACCAGAUCAAACUUUGAAGAAGCAAGGGAUUCUCCAGUUGAAUCAGUUUCUUCAUCUCCCAUGAGGACCUCAUUUCCAGAAAGGCUUGCAUCAACAGGAGGGGAUGGUUCAGGGAAGGAUGCUGCUGCAAGUAGUGGCAUUCCUGUAAGUGGCAAUUUUAGACAAUGUUGGGAUGGAGAAGUUACUGUUGAGGUUGUUCAAUGUGGUACAGAAACGAAGGAGAAAGUGCUGGGUGAUUUUAACCCCAAAUCACAUAAAUCUUCUAACCUGGAUUAUCGGGAUAGAGAUUCUAUUAGCAAAAUCAGCAUUAAAACUAAGCCUUCUUCAAGAUUGGAGAAUAGCCAUUUGCUCAAUGGUGAUAGUCAUUUCACAGAAAAUGGGCGGCUUGCUAUAAAAUGUUCGCAUGGUGAGGAUAGAGUGAACAAAGAGUGCCAUGACAAUUCAUUAUUUUCUCAGAAAUCUGACAAGGGUUCCACUUUACAGACAAAAGACAGUAAAAGAAGUUUUGCUGUGGAUAAGAUUAAGGUUUAUGAGGCAAUGGAUGAACCGGAAGAUUUAUGUUCCAGAAAGAGCAUGAGGUAUCAAUCUGAUGCCUACCCCAAUGGUCAUGCAUGUCUUCAAGAAUCAAUUACUGAUUGUAAAGGCAAUUUGCCUAAAUCUAGCAAGGAUGGGAAGAACUGUGUUGGAAGGAGGGAUCCUUCAGAUCAAUGGUCAAGUGAUAGUAGAAUGGAGAUCAAGUCAAAUAUAAAGCAUGAUGGAUUUGAUGUAAAAUCUGCUGCUCUGUGCAGCACAGAAGGGAACACUGCCCCCGAGAAAAACCUCCAGGAUUUUAGUGGUCAAACUAAGGUAAUGCAAGUAGAGAUAAGAACUGGAAUGCCAAAAUCGUCCUUGCAUUGUGAAGUUGAAAGCCAACAAGAAACAAAAGGUCAUCAAACAGUACCAGAAACCCAAAAGGGAGUUAUCUCUGAUGGGUUUCCAGUUAACGGCUCUGGCAAUGUUGAUGCUUCCACGGCUUUAAACCAGCCUGGAAAAGCUGGCAGCAAGAAUGGAUCUGCCCACAGUUUGGGACAGCAAAUGCCUGAACUGAAUGUGGUCAGGGGCUUCAAUUCUCGCAGUCAUGUGAGAGUAAAUUCUUCCAGCCAGACAGCAACUAGUACCCUGAAUGAUGCUAAAGAGCUUAGAAAUUAUGCCGAUCGUCUUAAGAGUUCUGGUUUUGUUUUUGAAAGCAAUGAAAUUUACUUCCAAGCUGCCCUUAAGUUUCUUGGGGUUGCUGCCCUUCUAGAGACUAGCAAUAGUGAGAGCAGCAGACUUGGGGACAUGAACCAAAUGCAAGUGUAUAUCACUGCCGCUAAACUUUGCGAAAUGUGUGCCCAAGAAUACGAAAGACGCCAAGAAAUGGCUGCUGCUGCUUUAGCCUAUAAAUGCAUGGAGGUGGCAUACAUGAGAGUUGUUUAUUGCAAACAUUCUACUAACAGCCGAGAGCGGAAUGAGUUGCAAGCAACUCUACAGAUGGUUCCUCAAGGUGAAUCUCCAUCAUCUUCUGUAUCAGAUGUUGAUAAUGGCUUAAAUAAUCAACCAAUGGUGGAUAAGGCUCCGUCAGCAAAGGGUAAUGUUUCUCAUGUUGCUGGAACCCAUGUCAUUGUUGCUAGAAACCCCCCAAGUUUUGUUCGGCUACUUGACUUCACACAGGAUGUAAGUUUUGCAAUGGAGGCUUCAAGAAAAUCCCAAAAUGCUUUUGCAGCUGCUAUUUCCUCCCCGGAAGAAGCACAAAAUACAGAGUGUAUUACUUCUGUUAAAAAGGUGAUUGAUUUCAGCUUCCAGGAUGUGAACGGACUUGUAUGUUUGGUUCAGCAGGCUAUGGAGACCAUAAGUUGUUCUGGUUUUGGUGGUGCUAGAGAUUAAGUCAACUCUGUACAUAUUAUGUGUUUUAUGGUUUAUAACCCCCAAUGUGGAUUGGAGAAGAAAGGGGACAAACAUGCCUACUUAAACCUGCAUUUGGAAACAAGGAAAGGCGUGUGUUGCUAACAGCCUGUUGCCUCUAUGUACAUGUGUACAAAGUGAGAUUUGGUUUGCAAAUUUUGUAACGUAUAUUUUAUAUGUUCACCUUCUUGACAUUGAUAAGAGCACAGCAUGUUCACCCUUAAAUUUUCUGGGUUGGCGAAGAGGAAAAAAUUCUAGCUUGUUCGGCAAGAGAUUUGGAGUGCUAUGUAAGAUGUCAGUUCCAUAGAGUACUAUUUUUUUUUUUUUUGGCUCCAUUGUUUUGGGGCCUGAGGAAAAGAGUAUAUAUAGAGGUUGGAAAUCAUUAGGCAACCAUUUUGAGGAGGUUGAAUGCUAAUAUAGUGUUGACUACUCAUCCAUUUAUUCAUUAAUAUUGGUUCUCUGCUCUGUUUACAAUUUGUUCAAAAUUUUAUUGGAUUGGAAAAUGAUAUCCCUUUGGAAAGGUUCCUGCAUUUUUUUUGAGUUAUCAAGCUUGAGGUGCUUGAGAUAAUUGUGCAAGUUUCAAACUCAGAGAAGAAAUCUGCAUAUUCAGGUAUGCAAUAUUUAAUAUCAUGCCAUAUUCUUCAAGCAUAUUAUGUGAAAUUAACAUUUGACAAGAACUUAUGAUGAUUGUGGUGGUGCUUUCCUUCCUCUCUUCUUUUGGUUUGUUUUGAUUACUCUUCUCAGAACUACGGUAGAUAAUGGCAGUCAUUUUCUUAUAAGUCGGGAUGUAAAUAAUAACAUGCACUCGUUUCAAAUAGAAUGAUUCAAAGAGUUUAUAUUCCUUUAGGAGUAGAAGGGAGCACCGAGAGGAGGGUGGUUAACUAAGCAUCAUCUCGGCUAUAGAUAGACGUAGUAAUUCAUGUAUUCUUGUCGUGUAAAAUAUGAAUAAUUUAUAUAUUCUUGUUGUGUUUUAAUCUCAAUUAUAUAUAUUUUUUGGGUGAUGAAUUAUGUCUAAUCUUGUUGAAGGCUGCAAUUUCUUGGGUUCACUCAGU